AUGGCGUCCUUAUCUCCCGCGGAGGACUCGCCUGAGACCGUCCCGGAAAAGCCUCCCGAUCGUAGGGUUAGUGGCCUAGACUUCCUUCGACCGAGCGUAGCUCCAAUCACUCCAGAACAUCUAGUUAUCGCUGCUGUUGUUAAUACCGACGAUUUACCGUCGUCCAGCAAGGAUCCGCAACCGGCCCCCAAUCCCGCGCCUGCUCCAGCGCCGUUCACUCUCCCUCCUACCAUCGCGCCGUCUAGCAAGGGGCCGCAACCUCCUCCCAAUCCCGCGCCUGCUUCAGCGCCGUUCACUCUCCCUCCCGCCAUCGCGUCGUCUAGCAAGGGGCCGCAACCUCCUCCCAAUCCCGCGCCUGCUCCAGCGCCGUUCACUCUCCCUCCCGCCAUCCCGUCGUCGAGUAAAGCGCCUCCCUUUGCAGUUGGUCCAGGCAACGGCGGGCGAGACCUUCAGACGCACACGAUGCGCAUCCACGAGCACACGACGGUCCACAAGGAGGCGAUGCAGCAUCAGGCAGAGAUUGCGGAGACGAUUUCGAACGGCCAGACGAAAAUUGAUCGCUUCAUCAACGCGGACGUUGAGGGUCGGCGGGCGAUCCGGCUGAUGCGGUCGGUGCAGUUUCUGUGCCAGGAGGACGCGCCCAUCAGCAUGUUCCCGAAGCUCAUGAGGCAUCUCGCUGAGCAGGACACCCCCGACAUCCCGAAGCAAGCCUACGGGGUGUACCUCACGAGGGAGGCAUUGGCGGUGAAGGACGCGGCCACGGCUAAUCCGGACCUCGCGAUGGUGGACACCGUGGUGCGCACUCUUGCUGAACGCCUUGGCGCCUCAUGCCACUGGAACCAGCGCUUCAAGUACCUGCAGCGCGUCAUUUACAAUACGAACCUCGAGGUCCAGGGCAUCCACAGCGUGCGCUGGCUCUCCCGGGGCGACGCGGUGAAGCGUCUGUGCAAGGUGCUGGGCGCGGCGAUCGUUCUCUUCCACGAGAAGGAGCACGAAUUGUACGAGACGGUGACAUCGUACAAGUUCCAGUUCUGCCUCUUCUUCCUCGCUGACAUCCUCGGCGACCUGAACGAUCUCAACCAUUCAUUUCAGAAGCGCCAGAGCCUCAAGAAGAGGCGCCCCGCGCAGAGCGUUCUGUUCCCAUCUGACGAUCGCAAGCGUAAGGAGAAGGAACCGGAGGAGGAAGAGGAGGAACCCAGGGAGCCGGCUGGCGAGGAGGGGUCAUUCGCGGAGUCAGACGAUCAUCGUGACGACAACCAGGAGACGGAUCAGGACAUUGAGCAGUCACCGCCCCGAGGAGGAAGAUAA